AUGAGGAUGUGGAUAUUGUUUAUCAAGAUUUUUACCUUUACUGUAUAUUUUGCAGGGCAGUAUUCAGCAUAUGCUCUUCAAGAUGUAACAACUGACUUGUUUGGGUCUGAAAAUCAUGGCACUGUGGCUGCUUUUGGUGAUUUCAACUCGGAUAAACAGACAGAUAUUUUCAUCAUCAGAGAACGUGAGUAGCUAACGUUAGCUAGCUAGCUGGCUAGAAUACUGUUCAGUGUUUUGCAUUGGCUUUUCAAUAGGAUACAUUUCGUUAGUGAAUAAUAUAGAAACGUUAGCUAGAUACUAGAUGAGGCUACUUGAAUUAAUGACAUUUGCUGUGCAUGUGUUCCAAAAACUCAUAGGAUGCUAGGUAAUCUAGCUAGCUAGCUAAACCCAGCUGUUAGUGCCAGUGCUGUCAAAUUGUCUGGUAAGCAGCUAGCUAGAUAAGUUAGCUAGUCAUGUAGCUAACACAAUUAUUUACAAUUUGCUCUACUACAUUGACUAAUAGGGAUAGUACAUAUCGGGUGCCACUGUCACCUGCCAUUGAAACAGAGACAGGAAAUGCAGAGCAAUGAAAACAGUGAUGACGUAGCAAUCUAUUCUCUCAGCUUUGAAAAGCUGUUUGUUGUUCAAUGCAAACCUACAUUACAAGACACAUUAGCCUAGUAGCUAGAUUGAAACAAAAACAUAAAAUGGUUAUAGCUCUCUCACAAUGAAUGUCUUUCAGUGAAUUUGUCACUGCAUUGUUGAUAUGGUUUUGUGACUGUUCUGUGGUGACUAUGAAAGUGAUAAUUGUGUGCAUUUGUUUUUAUUGGAUAUUUCAUUGAACUUUCAGAAUCUGAGUUGGUGAUAUUCUUGGCUGAUCUAAAAGCCCCAUACUUCAAGCCAAAAGUACAUAUCCCUAAAUAUGCUUUGCCCACGUAAGUUUCUGAUCUUAUUCUCUCAAUUGUUCUAGUGCACACACCACUUCUCAUCUUGAAGCAUCAGUAAUUCCACAUUGUCCAGUCAAACUCUGUGGGUUAGGGUAGAUUGGCACAAUAUGAUUUUAACUGUCACUGAGAAAAGCCCUAUGCUGUUCUUUACUGGCUUAUGUCAACAGCAGGCACUCAGUGAAUGUCUUUCCUCUUUCAGCAAUUUUAUCAUAACUGGUGUUGUUCCCGGAGACUACGAUGGCGAUUCUCAGAUGGAUGUGCUUCUUACAGCUCAGCUCAAGACCGAGGCCAACUCGAAUACAAUGGUUUUUGUAUUCUGGGGAAACAACCAAACCCUGGGUAAAAUUGUAGCUCUAUUAGGCCUAGAUUCAGGCUUAUGGAAUACAAAGUUUGAGGCUUGUAGAAAAAAAGACUGUACUCUAACACAGUCAGAAAGUUAACUUCUGUUAACUGUUAUUAAAUAGCUAACUGAUUAACAUCUCUUAUCUGGUUUUGCAGAUGGGCAAGUUGACCUUAAUAAGACAUUUGUGGACCAACCUCUGAUAAUGGAGUAGGUUAUGCAUGCAACAUUUUAAUUUUACAAAUCACCCAUAGCAGUUGUUUUCUAUGAUGAUAUUCCAUGUCAGCAAUAUUGUUUUCCUAAACUUUGUCCUAUGAUCUUGCUCAUGAGUUGGGAGUUUUGACGGUUCUAUAAAUGAAAUUCUCUUACGCAGCUUCAAUGGGGACAUGAUUCCAGACAUCUUUGGGGUUAUUGCUGGGGUUUCUGCUGAUUCCUCCACUGAAGUCUGCUAUCUUACUGGAAGGUAAGGUGGAGAUUAAAAAAGUGACUCAAUGCUUUGCAGUCCCCAUAGACAUUAUUUUAUUUUUACAUUAUUCUCCAUGUCUUGACAAAACUCAAUUGCAAUACAUUUAAAUAUUGUAGAUAUAUGCAGUGUUAAAAACACUACCUUUGUUGGUUGGUUCUGUGUUUUUUCAGAAUGUCUGCUUAGCACAUGAAUCAUGUGUUGUUUUCUUUCCCCAUAGGAACGCAGUGUGGCAGCCAGCUCUUAGUUCACCUCUCAAGAUGCGUAUUCCUCAUUCCAAUGCUUUCAUCGACCUAAACAAGGAUUUCACCGCC